CGUACCUAGGCACGCAAAAGUGUACUGUGCUAUCUACCGUCUGCCGUGUAGACAGACCACAGCCCUGGUUCCCUGUGGAUUGUAGCGCUGGCGCUCUAAUAAGUCAGCCAUCGGUUUGGAGGAAGGCCAUUGGCCGCCAUCCUGAAUUAACCCCACAUUACCUGUAUCCAUCGUCCCCAAAAGGCCCCCAUUCACCUCUAAUAAAUGCUCAGACGAAAUCGAAACAGCCGCGACGGAAGUUCGAAUGCAGGCGCAGAGGGGCAAUCCCAACAGGCACAUUUGAUCGAAUCGUUCCGAAGCCUACGAGCCCCUCCCUGGCUUUCUCCCCUGGGACUUACUUUAUCGAUCUUUGUUCCCUGUCGAGUCCACUGAAAAGAGCCGCGCGAGCCAUACGAGCCACGGGUUUCGUCCACGAAAGUUACUUGGAAAUCUAGCGAAGACAGGAGCACCGACAAUCGGCCCAACAUGGCUUCUAAAGCCAUGUGGGAGGUGGACCCAGAAACCCGUUCAAAGCUCCUCGCCAUCCAAAAAGAGUCCGGAAAUUCCCUGUGUUGCGACUGCAAUGCGCCCUCUCCGCAAUGGGCCUCACCAAAGUUCGGCAUCUUCAUAUGCCUGUCGUGCGCGGGUGUCCACCGCGGACUGGGGGUCCACAUCAGCUUCGUCCGAUCCAUCUCGAUGGACGCAUUCAAGCAGACAGAGAUCGAGCGCAUGAGACUGGGUGGGAAUGAUAAUUGGAAGAGCUUCUUUGACAAACACGAGACUACCAAGAUGACGGGGAUGAGCUGGGACGACGCCACUAUUGCCGAGCGGUAUAGCGGCGACGUAGGCGAGGAAUGGAAAGAGAGGCUGAGCGCCAAGGUGGAGGGAAGGGAGUAUGUUCCUGGCGAGCGCAAGCCAGCACCAGCGAAGACCAACACGGGCAGCGCUUCAAGGUCGGCGACACCCCUGAGCGGCACGGCAAACAACAAUAGCAGCAGCAGCAGUGGCAGGCCGGAAAGCCCCAGCACGAGCGGUGGCAAGGUCAAGGUGGACGACAAGUACUUUGAAGGCCUCGGGGCUGCCAACGCGGCGAGGCCAGACAACCUGCCACCCAGCCAGGGUGGGAAAUACGCCGGGUUUGGAAAUACCCCAGCGCCUGCCAGCCAAGAGGAAGGCCUGCCGAGAUUCGACGAGCUGCAGAAGGAUCCAUUGGCGGCGCUGGGUAAGGGCUUCGGCUGGUUCACGUCCACGGUGACAAAGACAGCAACUACAGUGAACAAGGACUUCAUACAGCCAACGGCGAAGCAGGUUGGAUCAUCAGACUUCGCGGCCCAGGCAAAGGUCUUUGGCGGCCGAAUCGGCCAGUCCGUCCAGCAAGGGGCCAGGAGCGCAUCUGAAAACUUCAACAGGUUCGUCGAAGGGCCAGAAUCAGGCCAGGGAGCCUCGCGCAACGCACCCCUGGAUGAGAGCAAGAAGUCGUUCUGGGACGAUUUUGCCUCGCUGGCCGACCAGCGCAAGCCGCAGAGCAGCUCGAUUGGAACAUCUGCGAUGGGCAAGGGCAACAGCAGCAGUGCGAGGGCACCUGCUGCUAAGAAGGACGAGUGGGAUGACUGGUGAUGAGGUCCAGUAAUGAGACGAGUGCAAAUCACCCAACACCCUUGAGGUAUUAUUGAUUUGAGGCGUCUCCUACAGUUAGCAACCAAUUUCCUGUACAAUCGAGGGUGUCUUUUUUUUCUUCUUACAUGUGGUUCCCCCAACAAUUUGGCGAGGUGCUGGGCGACGAGAUAAAUAAAUGUUAUACUUCUAGACAAUAAAUGAACGAUGAGAACA